CGGAGGAGAGGCCUGGCUCGCGCCACCCCGCGUCCCCGCCGCCGGCACCAUGAGUGAACAGAGUAUUUGUCAGGCAAGAGCUGCUGUGAUGGUUUAUGAUGAUGCCAACAAGAAGUGGGUGCCAGCUGGUGGCUCGACGGGGUUCAGCAGAGUUCACAUAUAUCACCAUACAGGCAACAACACGUUCAGAGUGGUGGGCAGAAAGAUUCAGGACCAUCAGGUCGUGAUAAACUGUGCCAUUCCUAAAGGGUUGAAGUACAAUCAAGCUACACAGACCUUCCACCAGUGGCGAGACGCCAGACAGGUGUAUGGCCUCAACUUUGGCAGCAAGGAGGAUGCCAAUGUCUUCGCAAGUGCCAUGAUGCAUGCCUUAGAGGUGUUGAAUUCACAGGAAACAGCCCAGAGCAAGGUUGCUGCUACCCAGGACAGCACUAAUUUGCGAUGUAUUUUCUGUGGUAAGCAACAUUAUGGGCCAACAUUGCCUAGACAAAAUUCACAGCUACCUGCCCAAGUUCAAAAUGGCCCAUCACAAGAAGAAUUGGAAAUUCAAAGAAGGCAGCUGCAAGAACAGCAGCGGCAGAAGGAGCUGGAGCGGGAGCGCGUGGAGCGCGAGCGCGUGGAGCGCGCGGAGCGGGAGCUGGAGCAGGAGCAGCUGGAGCGCGAGCGGCUGGAGCGGGAGCGCGAGCGGCAGGACCGGCUGGAGCGCGAGCGGCUGGAGCGGCUCGACCGCGAGAGGGAGCAGCGGGAGCAGCGGGAGCAGCGCGAGCGGGAGCAGCGCGAGCGGCAGGAGCAGCGGGAGCGCGAGCGCGAGCGCGAGCGGGAGCAGCGCGAGCGGCAGGAGCAGCUGGAGCGGCAGGAGCAGCUGGAGUGGGAGCGCGAGCGGGAGCGCCGGCUGUCGGCCGCCGCUGCCCCUGCGCCUGCCCCUGCGGAGACUCCUCUAAACUCUGUGCUGGGGGACUCCUCUGCUUCUGCAGGCUCGCAUGCAGCCUCUCAGCCGGCCGAGACUCCAGCCCAACAGGCGGUGUCUUUGGACCACCCCCGCACCUCCGCCCCACCACCGCCGCUCCCACCCGGCCCCGCCCCGGCCGCCGCAGCGCCGCCCCCCCACCCGGGGCCGCCGCCCCCCCCUGCCGCUUCCCCGCUGCGUGGCCGCCGCCCCCACCGCCCCCGCCCCCCCCUUCCCAACCAGGUCCCCCCCCCUCCUCCGCCCCCUCCCGCGCCCCCACGCACCCACGCAUCUUGAUUUUUUGCGGGAUCAGUGUCUGAAGACAAUCGCCCGUUGACGGACUUGCCGCUGCGAUUGGCCGGAGCAAAACUGAGGAAAGUGUCCCGGGUGGAGGAUGCCUCUUUCCCGAGUGGAGGGAGCACCAUCGGCGCGAACCCGCCUUGUCCAAAUCAGACACGGGUCCGCGGGAACGGACCCCUCCCGUUAGGGGGCAGCGGGCUGAUGGAGGAGAUGAGCGCCCUGCUGGCCAGGAGGAGAAGAAUUGCUGAAAAGGGAUCAACGAUAGACACCGAACAGAAAGAGGACAAACACGAAGAUUCCGAGCCCGUCACUUCUAAGGCCUCGUCGACAAGUACAACCCGAACCAGCAAGAAACCUUAAAGAGCGAAUACAGUGAAUGGCAGCAAGUCACCUGUCAUCUCCAGACCAAAAUCUGCACCUUCGUCGCAGCCCAGUGCCAACGGCGUCCAGACAGAGGGGCUAGACUACGACAGGCUGAAGCAGGACAUUUUAGAUGAAAUGAGAAAAGAAUUAACAAAGCUAAAAGAAGAGCUCAUCGAUGCGAUCAGGCAAGAACUGAGCAAGUCCAAUUCUGCGUAGAGAAGCAAGCCCAGGAGAAACAGGACCGUAGCUGGAGGAAGAAAAAAGACCCCUGCAAACAACAGCUGUUAACAACAAGCCCCUACGUUUUGUGAGCCGCGAGAAGAAAGUGGAUACAGAUGGUCGGGAGGAGGAGAGCCGGCGCACUUGUGAGCCUUCAGAUGCUGUUGCUCUGGCGAUCAGCGAUUUCCCUCCAGUUUGCUGCUUUCUUCUGACCUUUUCAACAGGAUGGAAGGGUCGGAUAAGAGUUCCCAUUUAACGGUUAUGCAGAAAAUCCUAAGCCCAUCAGGCAGAAUCGCCGUGCAUUGAAAUAUUUUCAUGUCAAGACAAAAUCGCACGUUUUCCACAACCCAUUGCUAAAAUAAAGAGGAGAAAGGCUUAAGAAGUUUGUUUUCAGAGAGUGCUGAUGAAGAAUUUAGCAAGUUACGCUAUUGUAUUGUAAAUGUUUCUCUCAGGUUUGUCUUCCUAUCACGUGUGAUGUUCCGUAAUUGAGGUCAGCCCUGUGGAGGUUAAGAUCCUAAAACGUGGAACAAAUGGAAUUGUACGUGCUUUCAAAGGGCGAUAUUUAUAAGAAAGUGUCCUAAAAAUGAUUUGUCUGGCUUGAGGAAUUUUAGAAUGAUAGGAAGUCUCUCGAGUUAGCCUUCAUGCAAUUUUGUAGAUUACAACAUAAAAUUCAUCCAGAAUUUAAAGAUUUAGAUGCCUUCCUAAAUUGUUAAAAUGCUUUACCAAAUCUAUGACUCCUACAUAACACACACCAGUGGUCAAAUGUAAAACAAUAUAUUGUAGAUUUACUGUAGGUUUUCAACCUUUUUUAGAUUUAUGCAUGUGGACAUUUUUAUAAUGUAAUUACAACCACCACAAAAUUAGCUUUUUUAAUUGCAAACAGUAAUGCAUGUCACACUAAUAUGUAGUGGCCUUUUCAAGGCCUGGUCCCAGGGAAAACAUUUUGUAGAGUGUAGGGGGUGGGAGGAAGGGAAGGAAUAAGUUUUCAUUUAAAGUUAACUUCUGCAUUGUCUUUUUUUCUCAAUUACCUGCAUGAAUAAUAAUGAGGAAUAUUUUGUGACUUUAAUUGGUAAAUAUGUUAGCAGAACCAAGUACUUAAUCUUUUACAUCAUGUCUUCAGCUGUUCGUAUUUUAGCUUCAGUAAUUUCAAUGGUCUGAAACAUUCUGAGCUUCACAUGAAUCACAUCAUACUGUGGGACUCGAAAACUCGAUCCCUGAAUCUGGCAGUUACUAUGACCUAGGUGCCCUGCAGUCGGACAGGUGUUCAGGUGCAUGUUCUGACCAGGAAAGCUGCUCUUGAAUUGUGUUGUGUGGAAACAUAAGAUGUGGCAGCGUCAGCAGCGACUGAGGUCACAGGCGUCAGUCACGCGGCAGCGGGGACCGGCGAGGGGCUCUGAGUAGUUCUCCGGUGACAGAGUGAGACUUGGGGUAGGAGGACGGGAUUAGAUCCUCUGCUGACCCCGACUCGGGUGUGUGUGCGUGCGUUCGUAAUCCACACCCUUCUCCUGGAAACUCACGAAGAUUAAAAUAGGGGAGACAUUCUGUAUGUUGCAAUGAUAGAUUUUUUUUUUUUUUUUUUGAAAAUUUAGGAAAUCAGAAACUCUCCAGGCUCUCUGUCUUGAUGUAUGCUUCAGUUACGUGCCAUACUUGCUUUGAAAUCUUUGAUUAUCUGAAGUUUCACUAAAGUUUUGAAGAAGUAAUCCAUUUUCAUCUGCUUUCUAGAUUUCGUAAUCUCAUUUGGGAAGACGGAGCUUGUCGAUAGUAUAGUUUUCUAAAGGCUGCGGAUUUGCCAUUACCCUUCCAAACGGUGUGAACGAGGGAGGUUUUUCCUACUUACGGUAGUUCCCGUUUGUGUAGAAACUGCGGUUUGACAUUAAUCUGUGAUGGGUGAGCUGUCCUCACUCAGGUCUGCGGUUGUGUUUUCUGUCCCUCUUCAUGGUCAGGCAGUAGUAAAGGCAUUCAAGAUGCGGCAGGCUUCUGAAGUACUGUUUUCUAGAAGAACUAGGAGGCAUUUUCAUUUUUAUUACUGUACUUUCGGUUAUGCAGACACUUCGAUGGUAUAAACGCUUAUGUCCCCUAUAAAUCUGGUGAGAAAUCACGUGAUUUUGUUGGUUGUUGGUCUCUAGUAGGAUAGGAUGCUGGGUGCACGUGGUCCAAAGUGAGAUAAAAGACUGCAGUAAAACGCUAGAUCUCAAAAAGGAACCGGUUUACGCGCUAACUGUCUCGUGCCUUUUGGUCUAACAUUAGCAGGAUAUCUGUGUAAAAUGACAGAAAACCAGUGUUGAAUCACGCCAUUUUCCAUCAUUUUGCAUUAUCCCGGAUUGCUAAAUGUGUUCUUUACAAGACGUUUGAUGAAAUCACUGUACACAUCCGCUGUCCUACGUGACAGUUUUGUCAUCGUUAGAGAUUUCAGUAACUCACGCGGGAAGUUCUCAGAGCGAUGUUCCUCGGAACCCCGUCAGACGACGGUUUUUGUGCUCUAGUCCACGGGCUGUCUGAAGCUGAGUGCAGUUCAGGGGUCCUUUCUAGUUACAGGAAGGCACUUCUUUCCUCAACACUGUGAUCUGACCCGUGACCAAUCCGUCCUGCGCGCUGUGUCAACGGCCGACGGUCCAUCGCAAACCAACUGAAUGUACACACCUCCCGCCGGUGCCGAGGUCUCUCCGGAACGGCUGUCCCGGUCGCGGUUCGUCCACACUUUGCCAGCGUCAAGUGUCCGUCGGAACCGAGGACGAAACACUAACGAAUGUUGGAUUCUCGUGCUUUAGGUGUGCUUCCUCUUUAGCCUUUUCGGUUCUCUGCCAUUUUUACCGUACUGUUUCAUUUAAAUUUCCUACACGCUAACUUCGUUUGUGUGAUUGAAAUAAACUUGCAGUAUAUA